CUCGAAGAGAACCUAACAUCCACACAUCCAUCGGAUAUUUGCGCAGAGAAGGGAACAAUAACUUCGACGGAGGAGUGUCACUUGGUCUGUGUCGUUCCAUGACGGCUUGGUAUUGCUGGGAUAGCUACGACUUGAGGGUACUCUGAGCUCGAAAAAUCCAGGGAACACAACCCACACUGCACUUACUAUCAGCUUGAGCUACAGAAGUAUAUUUUUGGAAUUGAUUGCGCUGCUGGAGUGUUACACGGCUUUUCUUUCCUUAUCUCUCCUCUUCCUGGAAUAACACGACCGUCGGGUUCAUACAUUUUCUUGGACUAUCCCCAAUGCGGCCACAGCGGGAAUAUCAUAUUGUCGUGCUGGGUGCUGGAGGCGUUGGGAAAAGUUGCCUUACCGCCCAGUUCGUCCAGAAUGUUUGGAUUGAGAGCUAUGACCCUACGAUUGAGGACUCGUACCGUAAGCAGAUAGAGGUAGAUGGUCGACAAUGUAUGCUGGAAAUACUUGACACUGCGGGAACAGAGCAGUUCACGGCCAUGAGAGAACUAUACAUGAAACAAGGUCAAGGGUUCUUACUCGUGUUUUCCAUAACGAGUAUGUCCUCGCUCAACGAACUAUCCGAACUACGGGAACAAAUUAUUCGUAUCAAAGACGACGAAAGCGUGCCCAUUGUCAUCGUGGGAAACAAAUCCGACCUCGAAGAGGAUCGUGAUGUACCGCGCGCUCGAGCUUUUGCCCUCUCGCAAAGCUGGGAUAACGCCCCGUAUUACGAGACCUCUGCUCGGAGGAAAGCAAACGUCAAUGAGGUCUUUAUUGAUCUGUGCCGGCAGAUCAUCAGAAAAGACAUGCAAGGGAAUUCCAAGAGCAACGAAUUAGUACGAAAGCGGGAAGUGCCCACUUACCGCAAUGAUAAAAGGAGGGAUAAGAAACGGGCAUCCAGACGCAGAGGUCCUUGUGUGAUCUUAUAAAUAACUUUGUUGAUCGAAGUUGAAAGUCCGGCGGCCUUGUUUAUUUUUUCUCCCUUCUAUCUCGAAUGCUCCUAUAUCUUUUCUUUUCUUUUCUUUUUCUUUCUUUUUUUUUUUUUUUUUUUUUUUUUUUUGCGACGUUGUGCUCCUUCUCCCUUGGAGCGGGCGUCGUCGACCAUCAAACCAAACCGUCCACCUACCCAUUUCCUACAUACCCAUUGCAUAACAACAUCUCUGUUUCUUUUUUCUCCCUCUCUUUGUCUCAU